AUGAAAGAUUUCUGUUCGGUUGAGGAGGAGGCGUCUCCCCCUUCGGACUCUCCACGGCCAGCUUCGAACAAGGGGAAAGAGAAGGUGGGGGAGUCUUCCGCGGCUCCCUCAUCACAAUUCGCUGAGGUUUAUCGUCGUCGGGAAGUUUUCCCUUUUCGACACGAGACACCCUUUCCGGAGUUGGGGCAUAAGGGCUUAGUUGUUCGUUUUAACAGGGCGACGUCCAACUUAAUCAGCAAGGUGGACGUCGACCUACUAGAAUCCAUGCCCCCCCGUGACAGGGUGCGUCAGGCACAAGCUUCGGCGGCAGAGGCGUUCAUACGGUUGGCUUUUGAGCUCGACGCAAACCGUCAAAGUGCCGCGGACCAGGAAACCAUUGCCGCCCUUACCUCCCGCUGUGAGGAGCUGAAUGACGAAUUAUCAAAAUUGCGGGAGGACUUGCCGGGCCUAAAAGAGAAACUGGCCAAGUGUUCUGAGCUGAAAGAGCGCUUGGUCAGGACCGAACAAUGGCGGGAAAGGGCAAGGAAGCAGCUGGACCAGACCAUCGAGAACUUAGAUGCUGCUUCCACCUGGUCUGCGAGCCUCGGCCAUGAAGUCGGCUUGCUGAUGGAUACCCAUGCCAAGCUCGUUCAUCAGAACCAGCAACUUAUGCAGCAAGUAUCGACUGAUUCUGCCCACUUCAAGAUGAUCCUAUCCGCGGCUAAGGUGUAUAAAUUGUGUUUAACCAGGAAGGCCCGGAUGGCUCGAGAUUGGCUUCUUUCGGAUGAGCCGGAAGCGUCGAAGUUCCUUGGAGAUCUGACGGCGGAGAUGGUGAGAGCCGGAACCCUGAUCAGUGACGAAAAGUAUCGUUUGGCUGCCGCAGAGUUGGGCAUGGAUUUUACAUCUCUUCAGCAAACUGCUGAUCAGAAGGGAAGUGAAGCCUUGUCCAACCUUGCUCCUGUCUUGGACGGGGAGUCGGCGGUACUGGUCGACGCUGCUUGGGAUGCGGAUGAAAGGAGAGCCUGGUCCGAAAGGAUGGAUGCUGAGGCUGAGAGGGAGGCUCUAUGCCUCGACUUGGAUCAGCUGGCUCUCUCUUCUCCUCCGGCGUCAGAUGUCCCGGAAAACUUGACGCUCUCCAACCUGGAGGUUUUGUGCCUUGAUUUAUCGAAUCUUAUUAUUGACGAAGGUAGGAACCUCCAGGGCUUGUCCCGAGAGCUGUCCGAGAUCGGGGUGGAGCCGUUUAACGUUGAAGAUUAUGUAAGCUUCACUCCCAGUCUUGAAGAGGGAAGGAUCGAGCCUCCUCUGCCGCCGGAUCAAGACGUCGAGGCUUUUUUGGAAGAUGUAUAAUCUUGCAAUUUUGUAAUUUUGAUUUUUGCAAACAUUCAACUCUGUAUUUUGAAUAUUUUGAUGUAUAUAUCCCUGAUUAUGGAGUUUAUUCGUGGUAUCCAUGCUUUUAUUCGUUGA